GGUAAUGGCAGUGGUGGCGGUGAUGGUGGUGGUGGUGGUGGUGGCGAUGGUGGCGGUGGUGGUAGUGGUGAUGGUAGUAGUGGCAAUGGUAGUGGCAGUGGAGUUGGUGAUGCUGCUGCUGCUACUGCUGGGCCAUCUCCAACUCUCUCACCCCCUACAAUUUCCAGCCCUCCUAAUUUGCAACCUGGUGCACCUACUUCUCCACAGAACAGUCACUCUUCCUCAUCAUUAUCACCUAGCAAUAGAGACAGUAGCCCUAGCAGCAAUCCCAAAGUCAUGUACUCUAUGCCAUCAAUGUAUUCCUCAGUAGGAGCAUCUAUGCCAAUGGGAUUAAACAACAACCAACAUCAGCUACUCAACAGCUUCUUCAACCAGGAUUUCUACUCUGGCCAGUCUCAGUCAGGAGCCACAUGUUCUUCCACUUCCUCUAUGCUUGGUUUACCAACAAGCAUGAUCUAUCCAUCUGAACACUACACUAAAUGUUAUCGUCGGAGUUUCAAUGAACGGAAGCCUUAUAAAUGUGAAGUUUGUCGGAAAGGUUUCUCACGAAGAGUAAACCUAAACAAUCACGAAAAAGCCCCAACAGGGGAAAAGCACUUUUACUGUGAAUAUUGUAAAAAAGCAUUUGCACAGAGGGCUCACUUAAAAACUCAUGAAUUAACCCAUACUGGAAUUAAACCUUACACCUGUUCAUAUUGUGGCAAGAUGUUUGCACAGAGAGCCAACUUUGAUAACCAUCGGAGAAUACACACAGGAGAAAAACCAUAUCACUGUAAUUUCUGUGAGAAGUCUUUCUCACAGCAAACCAACCUAGACAACCAUGAACGAACACACACAGGAUUGAAACCUUACCGCUGUGAAUUCUGCUCCAAAUCUUUUUCUCAACGUACUAACUUAGAUAACCACAAACGUAUCCAUACCGGUGAUUUGUUUCGUUGCUCAUUUUGUUCAAAACCUUUUACACAACAGAUAAAUCUACGUAACCAUGAACGCAUUCAUACCGGCGAGCGACCAUAUGCAUGUUCUUACUGCCCCAAAGCAUUCUGCCAACAAACAGAACUUAAGAACCAUGAACGCACACACACAGGAGAGAAACCAUUUAUCUGCUCUAUUUGUAUGAAAGCAUUUAGUCAGCAAGGUAAUCUGAAAAUACAUAUGCGAAUACACACAGGAGAAAAGCCAUUUGUGUGUGAUAUCUGCUCCAAAGCAUUUAGCCAGCGUACUAAUCUGGACAAUCAUAGACGUAUUCACACAGGAGAUAUGUUUAGAUGUAGCUUCUGCUCAAAAGAGUUCAGCCAACGUGUUAACUUGCGUAAUCAUGAACGCAUACACACAGGAGAGAAGCCAUUUAAUUGCUCUGUUUGUUCAAAGUCAUUUAGCCAACAGGGAAAUCUCAAGAACCACUUGAGGACGCACUCUGGUGAGAAACCUUACAGCUGUGAACUGUGUGGGAAAUGUUUUGCUCAGCGGACCACAUUAGAUAAUCAUUUACGAAGUCAUGCCCUUGCUGCAGCAAAGCAACAAGCUGCUAGAGCUGUUCCAAACAAUUCACUUGUAACAAAUACUACCAAUCCUAUCAACAACAACAACAGCAGUAGUAGUGGUGGUGUUGGGGUUGGGGUUGGGGUUGGUGUUGGUGUUGGUACCAAUAAUGCCAGUAAUAACAACAACAGUAGUAAUACCACCAACCACAGUCGUUCUAAUGCAAACCAUCCCCAUAGCAACCAUGGUCCUCCAGAUAACCAAGCUUUUAACAAGUCCUUCAACUGUGAUAUCAUUGUUCCAACACCUCCUAUAUCUAACCGGGGUCUGUCUGGGAUGGGCGAAAACUCCAACUACAACCACAGCACAGGGGGAAAUCAUAAUAAAAACAGCCUUAAGAGUUCCGACACCAACCAAUCACAACCAUUGAGCCAUCCUCAUCACCAAUACUCCUCUCCCCACUUCCUCUCACACUCCACACACCCACUGCGUUCACAUAUAGACGAUGACCGCAAUCUGCGGGAGUCACAAACAGGGGGAUUCCGGCUGCAGCCACCUGCUGUGUCCUCCUCGUGGCUAAACUCUGCCUACUUGCAGGAGAUGCCUGCAAGCUGGGAAAGUAACUACUUGUGGUCAAGAGGUUUUCCUAUUGCCCCAAUAUCAUCCAGUGGAUGGAAUAAUGUCACAGCUGGCCUCUCAUGUGGGAGAAAACUGAACAGAUCCAGAGAUCUUUGCUGAUCCAUGUCAUCCAUUGUGAAGUGUCCAUGUUAGAGAUGGUGAUGGUAUCUAACAGAUUUUUGUGGCAUUUGUCAACCCUUGUCUUAUUUUCAUACACAUGCAUACACAUCUACUUACAAAUACAUGCAUGUAUAAAUAUAUAUUCAUUCAUACUCACUCACAUGCAUGUAUGUAAAUAUACAUAGACACACAUAUCAGUACAUACACACAUCCACACAUGUACAAUCAAUGCAUACAUACAUUAGAACAUAUACUUAUUGAUUCAUCCACACUGAUCAGUACACUAUAUACACACGCAUAUGCACGCACGCACACAUACACACACACACACACAUAUUCAUUCACAUGCUCCAAUACACACAUAUUAUAUACAUUUAUUUUAUGAGUGCAUUUGUCUUGCAAUAUGUAUACAUACACACAAGUAUGCACUUAGUGAUGUUUUGAGCUGUCCAUUCUUAUUUGUUUAACAUAUAUAUAUGUAUGUGUGUGUGUGCGUGUAUGUAUGUAUGUAUGUAUGUAUGUACAGCACUCACACUCUUCAAGACCUUCACUCUUUCUCUCUCUCCUGCCACCUGGACCACCAGUAACUAACCCUUCCAAUUAGAUGUUCAGCCCUCCAUUGUUGGUUGCAACAUACCUGUAUCAUCACAGAUCUGUGAAGUCCUUCUUUUAGGCAGUCUACCAUGCUGUUGGGAGUUAGGAACUUGUAGCUCAAUACCAGCACUACAUAGUGCAAUCUUCUAAUUACCUGGGUAAUACUGUAUGUCAUUUGAAGAACCUGUUUCAUGGAAUUAUUUCGAUGCCUGUCUUAUAAUGGUAUCCCUAUGACAGGCUGCAAACCCAGCAUUUCAAAAACUUCAUGUCUGCUUUUAUCUUCAUAAGUUUAGGUUCACAUUUCUGAGGUGUAAGUUGCAAUUGAUAAAAAGUAUAUAUGCAUAUAUAUAUAAAUGGGGGGGGGGGAGAGAAAGAGAGAGAGUUUGUAUUUAUCCAUUUGUUUAACAUCCAUUUCUCCAUACUAGCAUGAGCUGGACAAAUACAUACAACUGAGGCAUUUUUUCAUCAGUAGAUGCCAUUCCUAUCACUAUUCUUUAUCAGUUUUGAAGCAAGGGAUUUUUUAUUCCACACAUCUUUGAAAGGAAAGAGCUAGCAAAUGAUUUGUUGACUGGGAGUGCCAAGAAAACACCAUUUUUGGCUCAAAAUUUUUCAUGUGAAAGAAGGAAUCCAAGCAUUCACACUGACAUAAACACACACAUUUCAAACAUGUGGGUAUGUGUAUGUGAAUGUAUGUAUAUGCAUAUAAAUACAUACAUACAUACAUACAUAUAUAACAAUAUAGCUACCAUUUACCAAUUUCACUCUUAGGGCAUUGAUUGGCCUGAGGCUACUGUAGAAGUUACUUGCCCUAAUUUGGUAUGCAUUAAGAUAGAAAUCAAGAAUACAUAGUAACAAAGUGAACCCUCUAUUCACUGAUGAAUGUUGUCUCUGAUGAGUUCAUCAGCAAUGUAACAGCACUAGCCCUGUAAGAGUUUUGUUUUUAAAUAUAUUAUAUAUAUAAACGUGUGUGUGUAUAUAUAUAUAUAUAUAUAUAUAUAUUACUCACCCACCCCUCACACACACAUAUUCUCUCACACAAACACACAUAUGUUCAUGUACACACAACUUACAUCUCUGAAACCUGAAUGUGUGUAGAUAUAUUUAAAUAUUUCACUAUUGUAAAUAACAUGAUAUUGGUCAGUUGCUGCUUCAGCACCAAUUCUAAUUACUCAACAACAAACAUAGACCAAUUCCUAACAAACUGUCACAUUAGUUGGGGCCUGAUCUCAGCUAAUAUUUAGAAGUGUUUAGAUCAUUCAUAAUUAUGAAAUAGAUAUUAUGGGUAACUCUUAGACUGUGGAUUCACAGAUGAAAUGAUUUGCAGUAUUUAGUUCCAUUUCUUUACAUUCUGUAUUCAAAUAACACCAUCCUUCUGGGGCCAAUAUUAUUAAAAUACUAGCCUAUUAUUAGAGUCCAGUAUUAUUGACUUUACCCCUCCCCUGCAAAUUUGAGGUCUUAGAAAUCAUAAUCAUUAUUAUCUUUCAUUUUUUCCUUAUUUCAGUCAUUGAACUGUGACCAUGCUGGGGCACUGCCUUGAAGAGUUUUAGCAAAUUGAUCCAAGUACUUAAUGAUUUUCCCCAUAAGUCUGGUAGUUAUUCUAUCAGUCUCAUUUUUGCUAAAUAGCUAAGUUACAGGAACAUAAAUAUAUCAACAGCAGUUGUCAAGCAGUGUGUAAGAUGAGAAACACAGACAC